AUGGCAGCCUCCGAAGAUGACCACGGCUGGGCGCUGGGCUUUGUCUCGGCUAAGCUGCAGGCAGUGGCGAGCUGGCCAGAUACAGACGGCUUUGCCGCCCGGGACGCCGCAUAUGCCGCACCCGCGCCGCUGCCGCUGCUGCCGCCGCUGAGCAUUGGAAGGAUCUGUUUGUCGUCGGCAUGCGUCGUAUCUGGACUCCUCAACGAGCUCAUUGAUUGUGCCACAUCUCGGACGUACUGGAACGAAGCUGCAGAGGCCCUGGCGGCUGCUGAUCACGACAUCAUCGGCGUCCAUGUCACCGAUCCGGUGGCGGUCGUACUCCCCUUUCUGGACGGGCACGAGGUCGACGAGCCCGAGCCCACGGCCAAGGCUAGCGGCGGAAAGAGCGACGAUGAUGAUGGUGGUGGUGGUGGUGGUAGCGGGCCGAUUGCCGAUCCCAACUCGAUGUUUACCUACUCGGCAGCUGGUGCGAGCGCGGUCGAGGACCACCUCCUGCAGACUGCACGGAUGGCCGGCAUCAGCGUGCCGCUCGUCGCCAGGCCGACUCCAGACGACGCCAUCGCUGCGCUCUGGCCAGUUGUCCGUGAUGAGCUGGGCGUUCAAGAGGCGGUCAUCGAGAGUCUGGGUGGCAAGCCUGUGUCUGUGGUCCAAGUCGAGGUCUACAAGCAGAUGCACAACGCGUUCUGUGGCUACUACAUGCUGACCAACACUGCUGGGCUGGUGGCAGCUCUACUUGCCGGGCCGGCAUCGGCAGUCGGGCGGGGAGCCAUUUCGCGGCUGAGCAACGCUGCGCACUCGUGGCAGAGCUACGCAGUGACCCGGGCCAGGCUCCUGAGUUAUCUCGCCGAAAAGGGUGACGAGCUCUGGUUUCCGUGGGAGGCCAAGGCCAUCCAGUCCGGCUCGAUGGAGCGUGCGCACGUUCAGUACCUGAUGACCCAGAUGCUGACACCCCGGGCGGUCGCCCGUCUGGCUGCUGCGCACAUCCAGAUCGUGUAUCUUUCUGACGUGGCGCUCCUCCUCAAAGGCGUGUUUGGCGAGCAGCGGCUGGCCGCUCUCUCCAAGGUCUUUGAUACCUUUCACAACCAGGCCUCGUCGGCGGUGGUGGUCUGCCUCGGCCUCGCCACCCACUGGGUCACAAUCGGGGUGACCAAGAGUGGCGACGCCGACGGCGUCCGGUUGUACAUGCUCAACUCGCUCAACUCGCCGGUGCUCGGCAAGGACGACGCCGGCCUGUGGGAGGUCUGCCUCGAUGCUGCCGACUCGCGAUGGUUCCGUGAGGGCAAGCGCUACGAGUAUGGCCGUCUCCUGCUGUACCUUCAGAUGAUGGCCGACUGCCAGGCGGCGCUGAGCGUCCUUGCCUCGCUUGCCAUCGGCGAGCUCUCGGUCUUUGACCACUGGAUCGACGGCGGUCUCGGCUCUGUUCUCGACUCGUUUGAGUCCCGCGCCUGGCCGCUUGCUCCACUUGCUCUGCCUCCCCCCGCCGACGCCGUCGUUGUCCUCGAGGCCUGGCUCUCGUCGUACUUUCCGCCCAAAAUCAUCGAGGAGAUCGCGCUGCCGCGGCUGGCCGCUCUCGCCGCCUCGUCACGCGACGAGCUGCCGCCCAGGCUGGUUGCCUUUUACGCAUCCAUCCGUACGCUCGCGGACACGUCUGCAUAUGGCGCCCUUGCCGCCGCCUCGCCGGCCCUCCCGCGACUCGUCGAGACUCUAGACGCAAUGGCUGAAGCUGCGCCGCGACUCGACGCGGACGCAAACGCGCGAGCCUCGGCCACUUGACCACCAUAUUGAUGCGCUUGGUUCUUGCUUGCAUUUGUGUCGUUGUGGUUGCAACAGCAGUUGCAGUUGACCCCAAUCAUGCUCUUGCGCGCUCUGCUUCGCAUUUGGCU